GUUUAUGUAUGUGUACACACACACACACACACACACACACACACACACACUACCAGUCAGAAGUUUGGACACACCUUCUCAUUCAAUGCUUUUUAUUUAUUUGCAUUAUUGUCUACGUUGUAUAUUAAUACUGAAGAUUAACACUUUUUCUUUACAACAUAAUUCCAUAUGUAUUCUUUUACAGUUUUGAUGUCUUCAGUAUUAAUCUACAAUGUAGAAAUAUAAACAUGCAUGCAUACAUACAUGCAUACACACACACACAUAUACACACGUACACACACACUGUACUUUCUUAGUGACCACCAUUUGUAGGUGCAGAGCAACUUACAGCCUCAAAGCUCACUCCAGAGCAUCCACAUAUUGCAGGUUGUGCUUGGGCUUAAUGUCUGAAAUAUAUUUUUGAGACCCUUUUAGAAACUGAAGCCCCACAAUCAAAAAGGUGAGCUAUUAGAGCAACACCUCACGAUGAGAGGAUACUGAAAGGAAAAUACGUCCUCUUGUAUUGGAUCAGUCUAAAUUUUGUGUUAAGAGAAUAGAAAUGAACAGACAUUGUGUCUUCCCAGGGCCCUGCUGAUACCUCUGAAUGAAACUCACUGGUUCAGGCUUCUCGUAUGAAGACUGAAGAGACAGGAGUGGUCAAGCAAUUCACAAAUUUUGCCACUUAAUGUUUGUAACCUUGCACAAGCGACAGAUGGUCAUAAAAAGUAUGGCUGGUCAGGUGGAUUUAAAAUGAGCCAACUUCCCAUUAAUGUAGGAUCAGAUUUGAAAAUAUUGUAAAGAAAUCUAAAUUUGGAAGAGUGAACCUCCAAAUUGCAACAAUAAUUUUAAAACAUCAUGCUUUGUUCUCUUGUGGUAGCAUCAAGUUACAUACAAGGAGAGGAUUGUUACUGCUGCUCAGUUUAAGCUUGGUUUAAAAGCAAAAUACAAUUAUAAGGCACAUUUGUAAAUUAAUACUUUUCAGACACUAGAAUCUUGUUUUGUGUUUUAAAGGAUUAAUUUGUAAUUCAGCUCUCUGACAGCAAAUUUUCUGAAAAGAACAAUUAUAGGCAUCUGGUGGUUUUGAAGAAGCCGUACUGUACUUCAACACUAGAUAGAGCUGUUUUUCUAUUUUCUUAAAUCCUUCAGCCAUUCACAAGCUGGAUCUACCUAAGCACAAUGUGACUGAAUGUGUUAGCUCCAUUUAAAGACAGGAAUAAACUUAAAAUCGAUACAGAUUUAGUGCAAUCUGAAUCUCUGCCUCUUUGAAUCAGAGAAUUUCUCUUUUAAAGAUGCUGGAAAAAUUGUUUCUGAACUUUCUGUUGUUGUGGCGAUAAUGCUGGCAGUAAAAGGUGGAGCUAAUUAACAUUCAUUAGCUUCUAAAAUUCUACCGUCCCAGCUGCUGAUGAUCCUCAUUGCAGCCCACAGCACUUUUUCGGUGAAGUUUUACCUCCAGCUGCUCCAGUCUGAAAUCUGAGGAAAAACACUUGCUCCGAAGUCUUAAAAUAAAACUAAAAAAGUGUCAGCUGCGGUGCAUAAGAGGAAACAGGUGCAAAUUCAGUUGGACGCUAGACCUGGAAAAAUAGCAACGUCUGCAUCUGCAAUGUAGUUCCAUCUCAUUUCAUUAAGAGACUCAUUUCCCUAGUUUUCUUGUGCUGAAGCAUACUGUUCCGACAUGUGAAGUUAGUUAUUUAAUAUGCCGAAUAUUUAUAUUUACCUCAUUUAAAUGCAGUAGGAAAAAUUAAAGCAGUAUCUACAAGCACUGCAACUUUAAAGUCAAACUAUAUUAUACAUUUGAUAUUUUUAAAAUCUCUGUUUUGGGGUUUAUUCACCGAUCGUUUAAUUGUGUUUUUUUCCAGGAGAAUUAACAAACUCGAAGUAAAAGUAGAAGUAACUUGAAAAAAAACUAAUAUUUAAAGGUAUUCCUAUGCUUUUUGUUUGUUUGUUUACAGUAUUUCAUGAUAUUUUUAAAUGAUGCAUUAGUUUAAUCCUGUCCCACCAACAUUCUAUUAGUAAGCGAUGGCCAAGACUUGGCAUUUAUCACGAUCGAGAUAAAUUAUUUUGUACAGUUACACGUUCAUGUCAAUCACAACUGUCAGACGUGCUUCCACAUCAUGCUCUAGGCGAAUAUUUUUUGCUCUAAUCCAAUCUGUUUAAACAGUUUGGACUCCAACAAACUUUAACUGAAACAUCACUUAACAUUGGGUUUGCCAAAUGCUUGGACUGGAAACUCUUAAUUCCUUUUGUUUUGUAAUGAGGCGAAUAAUCAAGCACCAGGCAGCACCAAUCACUAUAUCCAAGUAUAUCUGGUGAGCAGCCAAAUAUUAUGCAAAUUUUAAAAACUAAUUGGACAUAAAACUAUUAUAUGAGACUAUACCACACAUGCUGCAAUGUUUAAUCUAAUGGCAGUGUUCAAUUCAUGUGGAGCCCUGAAACUGACAAAAAAUGUUUAGCAUAAAGUUGCUGGGCUAAAGAUAUAACUGAAUGUGCUGCAGUAAAUAAUAUUCUUUGACAAAUAGUUAAAAUCAUGCAUAAAAAGAAACAUUUUUCUCUAACUUCCUGUUAGUUUAUGUUAUUCCUUUGUAACUAUUUAGUUGAUAAAAUCUUAUUUUACUGUCAUCUCUCACUAGUUAAUUUCAUUUUCAACUCCCUUGCUUUUCUGUGUGUUUGUUUGCUAGUGUUGAAUGAUUUAUCUGUUUUUCUAACCCAACAUUCUCUUAUCUGAGGCACAUUUGUGAUUUAAAUGUCUUUGAGUUUUUAGUUAGUAAUCUGUAUAUUUCUCUUACAGUCAUUUUUAAAUAUUUAACUAACUACCAGAGAAAGCUGCAACUGAUAAAUCAGCCAGAAAAAAUAUAGAAAGCUGAAAAAGCAUAGAAAGUGGCACCAAGCUAGACAUGAGAAGCACCAAAUCAGUGAUCCAUCGCUUUAAAAACAAACAGAAAAGUGCAAACUGCAUGUGUAUUUGACAGACAAAGCCACAGUAGCACUGAAGUCUAUGCAGCUCUAUUCAUAGUCUCAUUAAAUAGAUCUCACCGAUUACCAGCGCUGUCCCUGCUCACAGAGAAAAAAGUACCUCCCCAUCUCAUAUGUAACUUAGCAGCUAUUUCAGGCAGAAGCUUUAGCCAAUAAGCUGCUGAUCCCAGCUUCACAGGGUUACAUCUUUGUCUCUUGCCUUUCACUGCCUGAAGACACCAACUUCAUAAGUGAGAGACUUCUGAUCUUUGAAUAAUGUCAGAAAUGCAUUAGUCGCUGGAUUGUGCAGUUACAAUGUCAUGCAGAAUCAGCGCUUGCAGAUAUAAUUCUCUGCAACCCUUUGGUUAAUAUUUAAGUUCAGUCACAUAAUGUAAAGCACAUGUAGUUUGCAUAGUAGCUUUAGCUAGUUCAAAGUCAAGCCCUAACAGAUAUUACUCAUUACUGGAAGAGAGAUGUGUUGCAUAUUUAACAUGAAACAGCCACCGAAGGUCUUGUGAGGGUUGUUCUGCAUGCCAAGAGACUUAUUUGUAUUUCAAGUUCUGCAUGCAAUGUACCUCAACCUACCUAGAAAGAGGGUUAGGUUAGCUGGCUGGUUAUGCAACCGCUUUAGCCUUUUCAGGACUUUACAUAACCCUUAACAUAGCCGCUAUAGCCAAAAUACACAAUCAUUGCUAAGCUCAAACUCCUCAGGUCUCCUCAGGUCAUGCCAUUGUCUCAUUAUUUUACAAUGUGGAAAUAUAUGGACAGAUAUCGAACAGAAAACACUUCAUCAAAGCAGUUCAGUUUGUACUUUUUCUUGUAUCCGUAAUGGUUAAUAGACUCAAAAAGGCCACCUGGACGAGGCUAAAAAUAUGUCAAAAUUUUUAUUAUCCUUUACGGAGAACUUGUACAGUGCUACCUCAGGCUUUUAGAAUUUUUAAAUGGUGAGGAGAGAAGCCAAGUGUCAAUUACCAAGAGCAACAACUUGCUUAAUUUGCGCCGCACUCCACGAAGUAUGCACCUGUUUAAUUGGAUGAGUGCAGCAGGAGGUGAGAACCUAUCAGCAAGUCUAGUUGGACUUAAUCCCAAUGAGUUCAUGUGGUUUGUGAGGGAAAUUAAAUUUAAUUAAUUAAUUACUUUUUUAAGCAAAAUUCUCUUCACAGAAUGCUAAAUUGCCCAUCGUUUUAAUGCAUUUCUCUCGCAUUAAAUGAUAUUUCUGGGGGGUUUUUCAUCAUAAAAAUAUUUUUCAUUUUUUCAAUUUCAAAUUUUCUUUCAUAAUACUGCACUUGCUAAUUCUUCCCAUUCUCCAUCUCCCUCACACACAUACACACGCGCACACACACACACACACACACACACACACACACACACUGCACUAUGUUAGGGACAUGCUAUAUAACAGAGUAAGACAUGUCAUUUGAACUCAACCUUAGGUACCUGCUGCUGAAGCUUACAGUUCUCACGUGUAAAUCCAUGACCCGACUUGAAGUGCUCUCAUGCACAAAAACACACACACGCACAAUAAAUCACCACAGAGCUUAACCAUGCAAAAUGUAAGAUCCAUUUCCUAUAUUACAAAAUCAUUUUCGUAUAAUUUUGCACAUUAGAUUUUGUAAUUUCAAGAGGAAGAGUUUGUAAUUGUAUGUUAGCGGUGCUGUAACCCUGCAGUCAAAGGGUCUAAGUGGGCCCAGAUUAGCAUUUGCGAGUACUGUUGGGCUACAACGCAGGGGGGAUUGUGUCCUAAGAGCAGGCGCUGUAACCAGAGCUAAUUACAGACAUGUGGGAAGUGAAAGACAGAGGGCACGGUGACAUUACUUCCAACAAGUUGAUAUUUAUAACAUGUAGCGCGAACAAGAACUGCAAAAAUGUGGCAAAAUAGUCAUUCAAAAGUGGAAAUGGCGAGAGACAACCUGUAUCAAUAAAAGUGCAAAAGUAUAAAUAAAUGCAAAAUAAAGUUGCCAGAAUGACAGCGUGCAUGACUUGUGCCUUUUUCAUUCUAAACCGAUUGGCCGUCUACUUUAAAAGUUCUGAAGCUCGUACAGAUGUCACGCAGCAUCUCCUCUGACUGUAGCUGAUGUUGUCUGUAUUUGCAAAGACACUAAUUGAGAUAGUUUUCAAGGGCUUUGAAUAGAGGACUAUGAUCUGAUAGCACAAUGGGUUUCAGCCCCACCGACCUGUAAGUUGUUGUGUAAGACCAUUCAUUGGGUGUGGAGAUGGGAAGAAUUCAUGCAGGACACAGGGGGAGGGGGGGCGACAUAGGCAGAGGGAGAACAAGGAAGGAGGAGGAAAGAGCAGGAAGGCAGUGUCAAAGGGGGGAGGAACACUGUGAGACAGGAGGCCCCCCCCUUGCACCUGGUGCCCCAGAGCUCCACCUCUGCUCAGAGAGGAAAAUCUCACUAAGGAUUUACUGCUGGGACCUUCAGACUGAACACUGAGCGCCCGGGACCGUUCUGCCUUUGGAGUCAGUUUAUUGGAAUAUUCCCUCACUGAUCCAGGACCUGACUGGCUGAUACGUGCUGGAGUCCUUUUUUCGCCGAAUGGGAGAUAACCAAGAGCGUGAGUAAUAUGAGGAAGCCUUUGAAUGGGCUGGAUCCUGGAAUUGGACUGCAGGGCUUCCAUUGUGCUUAGACCUGGCAGCAGUAUGCAAACAAAUCGGUGAACCGCUGCGGCCUGUCAAACCCCCGCCCUUGUAGCCACCAGUACCACCAACCCAGCUUUGAGGGGGAUUCCAGACACUUCCACUCUACGCCAAACACCAUGGAUUUCCUGCUACCCAUAAGAAGUCAAAACAUGAUAGCAUACUCCAGCUCUGCUCCUCUUCUGGGCCCUCACAGCAGCAGCAGCACCAGGCACCACUACCACUGCGUCAAGAGAAAGCUGCGGCCCGGUCGGAUUCUAGGUUUUGUCAUCAGCCUGGCCGCUGUCUGCACAGUCUGUUCUUGGAGUGCCUUGUCACUGGUCACAACAGUGGCCAGUGAGCUGGAAUCAGCCGAUAAGGGCUCAGCAGGGGCAGCGUUACCCCAAAGAACUCUCCUGCAGCACCGCAACCUCUCAGCAGCACAAGUGGACACACCACAGGCCAUGGAAUCAUCUUCUGUGCUAGAGAUGAAUCAUGGGGACUAUCCAACGGACUACUUCAGCGUGGAUGAGAGACGCCAGGGCUAUGUGGUACUUCAUAUGUUUGGCAUGUUGUACAUGUUCAUAGCCUUAGCCAUAGUGUGUGAUGAAUUCUUUGUCCCCGCACUCACUGUCAUCACAGAGAAGCUGGAGAUCUCUGAUGAUGUAGCAGGAGCCACCUUCAUGGCAGCAGGAGGCUCAGCCCCAGAGCUCUUCACCUCUGUCAUAGGAGUCUUUGUCUCCCACAGUAACGUGGGGAUUGGUACCAUCGUGGGCUCCGCCGUCUUCAACAUCCUGUUUGUGAUAGGGAUGUGCGCCCUGUUCUCCAAAGAGGUGCUGAACCUCACCUGGUGGCCUCUGUUCAGAGACGUCUCGUUCUAUAUCAUUGGCUUGCUCAUGCUCAUCUAUUUCUUUCUGGAUAAUGAAAUCACGGUGACGGAAAGUAUCAGUCUGCUUAUGUGUUACACCUGCUAUGUGACAUUCAUGAAGUUCAAUGCCAAAGUCGAAUUUGCCAUCAAGAGCAUGCUGGGCAGCAACCAGGUGGAUGGGCUGGAUGAGGCACCAAAGGUGAAUGCUCCAGGAGACGAUGAGAACAAGCUGACGGCCAAACCCAGACUGCAGAGGGAAGGCAGCUGUGCUUCUCUACACAACUCACUGAUGAGAAACAGCAUCUUCCAGCUCAUGAUUCACACUCUGGACCCCCUCAGUGAUGAAGGACGUUUCAAAGAGAAGGCGUCAAUCCUUCACAAAAUGGCCAAGAAGAAGUGUAAAGAAGACGCUGUCAGUGCCAAUGGUGUAGCCCCAGCUGAUAAAAACAUCCCCAACAGUUCAAAUGUCGCAGUAGAAGUCACGCCGCCCAUGAACGGUGUUGCAGGAGGAGAAGAGGAUGGCGAGGAAGAGGAAGAUGAAGACCAGCCUCUGAGCCUGGCCUGGCCUGACACCAACAGGAAACGGCUCACAUACCUCUUGAUCUUUCCCAUAGUCUUUCCUCUUUGGCUCACGCUGCCUGAUGUCAGGAGAGAGACCUCAGAAAAGUUCUUCCCCGUCACUUUCCUCGGCUCCAUCAGCUGGAUUGCUUUCUUCUCCUACCUGAUGGUGUGGUGGGCUCACCAGGUUGGAGAAACUUUCUGGAUCACAGAGGAGAUCAUGGGUUUGACCAUUUUAGCAGCUGGAACUUCUAUUCCUGACCUCAUCACCAGCGUGAUUGUAGCACGAAAAGGCCUCGGUGACAUGGCCGUGUCCAGCUCUGUGGGCUCCAACAUCUUUGACAUCACUGUGGGUCUGCCGUUCCCCUGGCUACUCUACAACAUCAUCAAUGACUUCAAGCCGGUCGAGGUGAGCAGCAACGGCCUGUUCUGCGCCAUCGUGCUACUCUUCCUCAUGCUCCUCUUCGUCAUCAUGUCCAUCGCCGCUUGCAAGUGGAGAAUGAGCAAGCUUUUGGGCUUCCUCAUGUUCCUGCUCUACUUCGUCUUCCUCAUCGUCAGCGUCAUGCUGGAAGACAAAAUUAUCGUCUGUCCCGUCACCGUCUGAUGAAAGGGAAUCCCACAGACAGACAGAAAUGAAGCAUAACUGUGCUCGUGUCAAUCAUGGUUUCUCAUAGGAGUGCAACACAUGGCACAAACUUUCUUUUAUCUGUCUCACAUACACACGAUAGAGGACUGCUUACUGCACACACACAGACAUACAAAUACACACCACACCACACGCACACACACACACACACACACAGAAGUUGUUGAUGUUAGUUAGGCAGAAGCCAUGAAUUAAAUCAGCCUUGCAGAUUCAGGCCUACCUUUCUUUCACAGACUUUAUGCCACCUAAUAUGAAAGACUCUCGUCGUACCAUUUGACUACAUCCAUAUGCCACUAUUGGUUGAACCUGCUGAUGGACAGUGAAUGGAAAUCUGGGAUGGAAAUAUCAAUCGUAAAAUACAGUUUUUUUGUUUGUUUUUUGGGGCUUUUUCAACUAAAGGACUGUGUGGCAGUAUAAGACGAUCCUCUAUUACUAAUGGAAGCAGCCAAGACAAGCAGAUAAACUGAAUAUGAAGGGUCAAAGAGACUUUUUUUUUUUUUUUUUUUUUUUUUUUUUAGUUUUGAACGCCAGCGGAGCUCUGGAGGGAUCAACAAAAUCAUGGUGUCAUGGAAAAAAGAAAGGGCUGGGGCAACACAAAAGUGUGAUAGCUGCUUUGUAGACGCUUAGAUUUUAAACCAUGUCUAUUCCACCACAGGUAUGAAUUUGCAAUGUCAUGAAAUGAAAAAUAUUCAGUGUUAACAAUCUCAGUGUUUCACAUUUGAGGUCAUAUUUGUCACAAAUUGUAAUGAUGCUGUAAAUCCCACUCAUAAAUAUUUAUAAUAGGCUGCACUUAAUGCUAAAUGUUUAGUAUUAAACUGGUUAAACAGGUUUGCUUACAUCUUUAUAUAAUCCAACUAUUUCAUUUGGGUUUUUCUUACAGUAAGCUUUUGAACAUGACUUUUUCUGUUCUGGCUGCCUUUACAUGCACCACUUUAGAGAGGGUUACUUCAGUAUCAUGACUGAUGCAGUUUGGACAACAAACGGUGGACUAAAGAUUAGUGUUCUCUGUUGUAUUUUAAACAUAAAAGUUUUUUUUUUAAAUGAUGUGUCUAUAAAAGGGACACUUCAGUUUCACGGAGUUUCUCCUGUAAUGUUUUGGUGUAAAACUACUUACGUACUGUAUGAAAUAACACAGAUUAUUGUGUUAUUUCUGUUUUUGUCCAGCUAGUGAAACAAUGCUGAGUGAAAAGCAUACAAUUUUACAGCACUAGCCUCCUUCUGUGAUAGUAUUUCCAUUCGAAUAUUACCAAAAUUUUCAAAAAGGGAAAUAAAACUGUAUGGAAAAAUGCACGUUAAAGAUUAAUGCAAUAAAAGUGUACCUGUAAUUCAGAGCCACCGCUUUGCUAUGAUUGCAUUUUCUCUCUCUGAUUUUGAGAAAUGUGUGUGUCUUUUUGUUUGUUUUGUGGGGUUUUCAUUUGGUGUUGUCUCCAAACUGCAAACAAAAACACGUGAAGCAGAUAAAGGGACUCACUUUAAGGCCUUGCUGCAGUCAGAGUCUGUAGUGUCCAUGUUGUUUUCAUCAGUUGCACCACUUGUUGUUGCUGAACUGCCCUCAUAAACACAGUCUAAGAAGAUUCAACACCCCAGAUGCUCUAAAUGUUGAGAAAAACUGCAUCGUAUUUUACAAACAUCAGUCUCUUGACAGGAAAAGACAUCAAGUGUGAUCCAGUAAUGAUCAUUUCACGUUUUUUGAUCCAGCAGUGCAAGUCGAUCAUUCUCUUCCCUUAUAUCUCCUGCUUUCGCUAUGAAGUAGAACCAAAUGUGGGAGAAAAUUUAUCAAUUUUGGAGCAAUAAAUUAAAAAUAUACACCCUCCUUUGCUUUUUAAUUCUACAAGUGCAGAAGUUAGGGGUUUUUAAAAUGUUAAAUGUUCCACUGCAACCGAGAAACAACAUAGCUGCUGAAUAAAUGCAAAAGACAGUGUCCUGUUUAAAAUAUUUUUAAAUUUAUUUAUUUUUUUGCAUUUAGUAUGCUAACCUUGGAAGGAAAAUGCGGUCAUGGAGACAUUCUGUUCAACUCAGGUAUAAAUCUGCAUUUGUGUUACUUUUUCAUUUUAAAUAUAGACUUAUUACUUUAUUAGAUACCUGGAUCUAAGUUUCCUGUUUAGAUAGCCAUGGCAAUAUUAGGCACACAUUCACAAAGGGUUAAAAAUCAUAUUUAACCCAUUUUUUUAAUGUUUUCAUAAUUUUUUCCAUAUAAAUUUAAAAUGUAUUUUCCAUAAAACAAACUCCAACUAUUCCCACUUUUAAAAUGUGUGUUUUAUUGUGUGUUUAUAUGUAUAAAAAAUGCAUAAAUUGUGUAAAUAUAAGCUCCUGUAUGUAGUCAUAGUGUAUACAUACAGUAGUUUAUAAACAUCCAGCACAAUUUAUCUCCUGAGACUCCUGAUUUAGCCUCUAUGCAGUAUCGCUUGUAAAUUUGUUUCUUGCUGUGAUGGAUCAUCCGAAUGUGAGGGAUGUAUGUAUGAAUGAGUGCAUUUAGGAAUAUUCUUUAAAACAAAAUCGCCCUCAACCAGUUUCAACAACAUGACAAAUGGUAACAUGGUUUUGUAUUUCCCUUAUAUAUUGUGCAAGUAUGGAAUCAUAUUCACGUACUACUUGAAUCAUAUAUUAUACUGUAAAAAACAUAUAUCAUCCAACUCUGUAUAAAGUGUUAUAUGUUCAAAUAAAUGAAAACUCAAAUUUUCAA